CUUCUUCCUACACAGUGGGACACUUUUUUUUCUCCUAAAAGCUGAGCACAACAACUGAGACACAAUCGAGCAGCGAGGAGCGGCGGCGUGGCGAGCGACGACCGAACGACGGAGCAAGUAGACGGUGAUCGCACGGUGAAAUCCUACAUUAGUUUAGCAGGUUGUGCUAAGGCUUAGUAUAUCCUUGAAGCUUAUUUUGGACUUGGAUAUCGGAGAGAAAAUGGGUUAUAUUGGGUCUCACGGUGUUGCAGCUCUGCACAAAUAUAAAUAUAGUGGAGUAGAUCAUUCCUAUGUGGCCAAAUAUGUACUGCAACCCUUUUGGACUCGCUUUGUUAAUUUUUUCCCCCUAUGGAUGCCCCCAAACAUGAUAACUCUUAUGGGAUUUAUGUUCUUAUUAGUGUCUGCAUUGCUUGGUUAUAUAUACUCUCCACAUUUGGACUCAGCUCCUCCAAGAUGGGUUCAUUUUGCCCAUGGACUACUUCUGUUUUUAUACCAGACAUUUGAUGCUGUUGAUGGGAAGCAAGCUAGACGAACAAAUUCCUCAAGCCCAUUGGGGGAGCUCUUUGAUCAUGGAUGUGAUGCACUUGCUUGUACGUUUGAAUCAUUGGCUUUUGGGAGCACAGCCAUGUGUGGAAGAGGUACUUUCUGGUGGUGGUUAAUAUCUGCAAUUACAUUUUAUGGGGCAACUUGGGAGCACUAUUUCACCAAUACACUUAUACUGCCUGUUAUAAAUGGGCCCACAGAGGGUCUGAUGAUAAUAUACAUCAGUCAUUUUUUCACUGCUAUCAUGGGUGCUGAGUGGUGGGCUCAACCAUUUGGAAAGUCUUUGCCAUUUUUAAGUUGGCUUCCUUAUCUUGAGGGAAUCCCAACAUUCAAAGCUGUAUUGUGUUUAAUGAUAGUUUUUGGUGUUACACCGACAGUUACAUGCAAUGUUACUAAUGUUUAUAAGAUUGUGAAGGCAAGGAAUGGAAGCAUGCCACUUGCACUGGCAAUGCUUUACCCAUUUGUUGUACUUGUCGGAGGAGUUCUUAUGUGGGAUUAUUUGUCACCAUCUGACAUCAUGGGGAGAUAUCCACAUUUAGUUGUUAUUGGGACAGGACUUACUUUUGGAUACCUUGUGGGGAGGAUGAUUUUGGCUCAUUUAUGUGACGAACCUAAGGGUCUAAAAACUGGCAUGUGCAUGUCCCUCGUGUAUCUCCCAUUGGCCAUUGCUAAUGUUCUUGCAUCAAGGCUGAAUGACGGGGUUCCUUUAUUAGAUGAGAGACUAGUUCUUCUUGGUUACUGUGCAUUUUCAGUGGCACUUUACUUGCAUUUUGCCACAUCAGUCAUUCAUGAAAUUACCAAUGCCCUGGGAAUAUAUUGUUUCAGGAUAACUAGGAAGGAAGCUUGAAUCUACCCAGAAUUUUCUUUAGUUUGCCUUUACUAACUAGUGAUUUUGGAUUUUAAAUUGUGAAUUUCAAAUCGAUUAAGAGCAGUUUUCUCUGCUUGCAAGUCAAGCCAAAUUCUGGCCAGGCUUUGGUCAGUACUAAUUUUGCUUUAUUAUACAAAUUCAAAGUAACUUGGAGCUUGUAAUUUUAUGCUGAUUCACAGAUAGACUAGGAGAUCUAUUUGUUGAUUGUUUCAAUUCAAUCACUAUAAAUAUUUAUUUUAAUUUUGAAUAUGAGAAAAUCUGAAUGUGGGUUAGACAUGUUUUCAUUA